GGCUGUUUUUACGAUACCAUAUCGGGGUGUGUACUAUUUUAAUUUUGGGGUCGAGUAAAUUUACCCUAAUAAAAAGGGUAUUUCUGGCGGUCAUUCUUCUCAGUUUUUAUCAUUUUUAUCUAUAUUCAUCAUGCUUGGUGAGGACUUUGGAAAGGCUGAAAUAGAUGCCAUUGAAUCGGCUUCUAAACGUGUUGAAAACAUGUUAAAGAGGCCAGAUCAACUGGAGAGGGUGGAGCAGUUCAAGAGAAGGGAAGCGAGGAAGAAGGCAUCGGUAGAAGCCCGUCUAAAGACUGCAAUGCAAUCUCAGCUUGAUGGGGUUAGGACAGGAUUGACGCAGCUGAGUAGCGCCCUCAAUGGUGUCAAGGAGAUCAGGACAUGGGUCCUUGAAGUUGAUGCAAAGUAUAGAGAGUGUGCUGAGUUGACAUCGACAUUAGGUGAGGUCAAGGAAGUAGCAAGCCAGCACAGUCAGCUUGCAGCUGCUGUUGAGAAUUUAAAGCACAUUUUCACUGUCCCAGAAAAUGUCAAGAAAACAGAGAUGUACAUUCAAGAAGAGAGGCUGUUGCAUGCUCAUAAGGGGUUGAUGGAGCUAGAGAGUUCACGUGAUGACCUUCUGUAUGAAUUACACAAACAACCAUCAGACAAUCCGACUGAUAACCAUUUACUGCAAAGAUAUUUCUCAGAAGUAGAGAAGCUAUCAGAUAUGUUGUUUAAGCAGAUUAGAUUGGUCCUGCAGCGUGUUUUACUCAUUGCCAGUAGACAGCCUCAGCUGGUGGUCACAUGUGUACGUAUCAUAGAAAGAGAAGAGAGGAUUGAUAAGAAGAUGUCAGAUAGAGAGAAAAUGGCCGGUUUCAAGGCACCAGGAAGGCCUAAGAACUGGAGAAAGAGAUGCAUUGAUGAACUUCAGAAGGUAGUUAAUAUCAAAAUUGAAGCGAGCCAGCUUGAAGAUCGUACAAUGGAACGGAUGUGGUUAGUGCGCCAUCUAGAGUUGAUCAGGCAAUAUAUGGUGGAGGAUCUUCGUAUUGUCAAACACCUGUGUGUACCACUAUUCCCACCUGAUUACAAGAUAUUUGAAUUCUUCAUUAAGACCUACAUACAGCAUGUCUCUCAACAUCUUCAAGACCUAAUAGGUUCUGGACUGGAACACAAUGAGAUCAUUCAGAUGCUCACAUGGAUUACAGAAUUCAAAGGUCCAAUGCUGCUAGGUCAUCCUGAUCUUGGUAUUGAUAUCAAGAAAGAACCUGAUGCACUCUCGGAUCAGAUGGUAGAAGACCUUCAACAAGAGUACAUGAAGACUCUACACACUAAUAUUCAAAAGUGGAUGUCAAAUGCUAUGGAAACAGACACCAAGGAUUGGAAUGGUGAUAUGGAACCUGAUGCCGAUGGAGAGGGUUAUUUCAGGACACAGCUAGCAGUUAUCAUUUUCCAAAUGAUUGAACAAAAUCUUCAAGUAUCCAAUCAGAUUAGCAAGGAUCUAACAACCAAAGUGGUUCUCCUGUGUGUGGAAGAGCUUCAGCUAUUCAUCGAUACAUACAGAGAUGCCAUCAGAGACUAUAAGACCAGUCACAUGGCCGAUAGGAGCCAACCAAGAUUCUUCUUCCAAUACAUGGUUGCCAUUGUAAACAACUUCCAUUCCUUCAUUGAAUUCACCAAACAGCUUGAGAGAAGGCAUCUGAAGCUACCGGUAGGAGAGACGGGAUCAACCUCAGUGUUCCAGAGUUUGAUUGGUGCAUUCAAUAAACUAGCAGGAGAGAGUCUUGGAGAUCUUUUAUGGGAGAUGUUUUUAGAUCUUGAACCUCAUCUCAAUCAGAUCAUUACAAGACCAUGGUUUCAGCACCCUGGUUCCCCUGCCCUUGAUACUGUGUGUAUCACCAUAGAAGAUUACUACAAUGAUUUCAUCCAUCUUAGACCUAACUACCUUGAAUCACUGGUGAAGGAACUAGAGAAGAGAACUGUUACUGCUUACGUCAAGGGGAUGCUGGAGAGACGGAUGACAUUUAAGCUGUAUGAGGAGCGUAAGGAGGCUGCUGAGAAGAUUACCAGAGAGAGUGAUACACUGGAGAGGCUCUUUGCACGUCUUAAACGGUCUGAGGAUAGAGAUACGGCCCCUUCCCAAUGUGAGGUGAUUCCCCUGAUGACAGAGGUCAUUCGUAUGGAAGAUACAUCCAUGCUAUCUCUUGAGAUAUCGACUUUGGUUCAUCGUUAUGCAGACAUCAGAACUGAUCAUCUUGUCAACCUUCUUGUCUCAAGAGGUGACUUCACUGUAGCAACUGCAAGACAGGUUGUGGUAGAUACGCUAGGCGAAGAUGACCAGAGGCAGAUGUCUACCAGAAGUAUCUUCUCAGAUAUACCAGCUAAAUAAGAAGAUUAUGGGGGAAAUUAUGAAAUGAGAGAGAGUGAGGGUGGGGGGGGGGGGGAGAGAGAGAAUGUGGAGAAGGGGGGGAUAAUGAGAGAGACAGAGACAGAUGUCUACCAGAACUUUCUCCUCUGAUAUACCUGCAAAAUAGGAGAAUUGAAAGAAAAGGCUCUCUACAUGGGAUGGGGAAAUGCUGAACAGAGAAAGAGAUGGGGAGAGGGAGAGAGAUAAUGAAGAGAUGGAGACAUAAUGGAUUGAAUUCAUGAAAGGAAAUGAUGAGAGAGAGAGAGAGAAUGGGUAUGAAUGGAUUUUAAAGAAUAAUAGAUUGAGAAACAAUGGAUUUUCAGAAAGAAAGAAAAAGGAGAAAUAGUGUGAAGUUGUAUGAAAACUGACCAGUUUGGAUAAAUAAAUGCAUACUCAGAUAAAUGUAUAUUGAUAUAUAUGACAUUUUUUGUAGACGCAACUCCAUGUGCAAUAUAUUUCUAAAAGUGCAUGCUACAGUAAUUAUUUUUUCUGUAAAAUAAGCCAUAUUAAUCAUGAGUAUAUGUUUCUAUCAUUCAUCAAGUCCAUUGAAUGCUUGACUGCAUAACUUGGAUUCGCAUCAUUCUUUUCCAUGAGAUGUGUGACAAGUGCAUUCACUAAUACUCUGAGUUCGGGUGGACUUGCAGCAUGGUUUCUUUGGAUGUCUGCAAUUGUUCUUGCACCCUUUAUACCCCUUUUGUCUUGGAGAUUAUGCCUCUGAUAUAAAAAUAAGGCUUUUGUGCCUUUCCUUAACUUGUAUUUUCAUUUAGUUCUGUACUUGCACUUUCUCUUAUACUUACUAUCAUUUUCCUCUUUAACUGCAUAUGAGCGGUUUGGUUCCAACCUCGGGUGAGCAACUUGAUCUUCAUCUGUACCUCCUGCAGCAGCCUCCAGACUUGUCUUAUAUUCCUUGUACUUGCCAAGGAACUUGAAUCUUGUACUUAUUCUAGUUAAGACUUGUGAAAUAAUAUCCACAUCACCAAGGUCAAAGGCAUCGUCAUCUAUUCUACGAUCUUGAAAUCUGUUUCAAAACUCCUCCAGACCCCUGAGCCGAAGUCUUUCAACAACAGCACCACCGACGAGCCAUGCUGAUCACAUGAUGAUUAAUUUAAGAUAAAUGCCAGUUGUGGUAACAAUCUCAAAAUGAGUUCGAACAGAAUCCAAUCAAAUGACAAUCCAAGUUUUUGUAUACAAUAAAAAUAUGUGCCAAAUGGCUCUUGGAAAAACUGUAAUUGCUGAGAAAUUAGCAAAAUAAGCAUGGAAUUACAUAAAAUGUCGGGUAUUUUUCCAACCAAUAUUAAUACUCUGUCCCACAUUUGCAAUUUUGUGUUAGUGAUCAUCAGAGUUAUUGGUUUUCAGCCAAGAUUUCAUGAUUUGACAAAGAUAAGUUUAUUUCAAUAUACCAGAUCUAGAUCUGAGAUAACAUGGUGGCAGUUAACCUUGAUUACAAAGACUUUCUCAUGAAAUAAUUAUUUGCUGCAACUACUUUCUUUUACCUUUGAUACUUGAAUCGUACUCCCGCCUUGUAUGUUCAAUCUUGAAUUUGCUGCACCCCAAAAGCUAUAUCAUCAGCUGUCCAGAGUGGAAGUAACAGUGGUUGUGUGUGUAUAUGAUGUGCAAGUAAAGAAGCAAGACAUUUGUAAAGGUGAAGACCCGGCUAUAAGCCAAGAAUUGUUUCAAAUCUGUCUAUAUAUUGAAGAUUUUUUUGUUCAAGUUCACAGGGAAAUCAUUCAAAUACAUUUUGAUCCCAGUUGACUGCUUUCUGAACUGGUGGUACGUUGUAAUUUGCAAUUAUAAAAAGUGAAGGUGAACCUUAUAGAUUAAAAUCAAAUGUAAAUCUGUACAAGGUAUCAUCAAUUUAUGGUCGACUGAAAGUAAAUUUAUUUAAUGAGAUAUAAAUGACACAAAAUUAUAAUUGUAUACUGCAAAUGAUUAUGUUCAAUGGCUUGCAUGCUAAUAAAUGAUUAGAAUAUUUA